ACUGUUGAAAAUUUAAAUGAAAUAUUAUAUAAUAUAAAUCUUUAUGAUGAUGAAAACUUGGAAGAAGAAUUUAUUAAUGAAGAACAACAAAAUAUUUUUCCAAUUCCUGAGGAAGAAAUACUUAAUAUUGAAGAAUUAUUAAAUCUUCAUGCUGAUGAUUUUACAAAAUAUUUAGGAGAUAUAAUUGUUGAUACUUUUGAUAUUACUGAUAGUGAUGAUAAUGAGAAAACUAACAUUCAAGAUAAUAAUGGUGUUGAAGAAGAUUGGGACCCUGAAACACCAAUUUCGAGCGACGAAGAAAUACUCAAGCCAACAUUCCCACCUACUUUGACAAUAGACGAAAUCAUGCCAAAAUACGUUAAUAAUAAAAGUAAUAAAAGUAUAAUAUUUCCAAAUGCUUUUAUAAUUUACAGAAUGGCAUUAUUAAAAGAAUAUCGUAAAGAAAACAUCAAACCACCUUCAAUGGCUGAGGACGUUAAAUCUAAUGUUAAGAAAAACAAACUUCAAAUCACCUUUGAUAAAAAUAUGAAUGAAGUUGGAGAAAGCGGGCAAGUUUUGCAUUCGAAGGAUUUAAGUUUUGGAGCUGAUUAUGCCAAUCAUAACCAAAUUAAAGAUAAUGAGGCACAAUAUUCAUUAAGUGGAUUUCUUACGAUUGAGGAUUCUACUGUCGAUGCUAUGGAUCCUUCUGAUAAUGGUUCGGUUAUCAAUUCACAAGUUGAAACUUAUUCCCAUCAUAAUUUUUUAGAUCCUAAUGAUCAAGAGUAUAAAUCUUUAGAGGGAUUAGAAGGAGAAUUGAUUAAAAAUCAGAAUAUAAACCAUAUCUUUGAUGAUAGUAAUCCUUUUAACUCUAUUCAGCUUAAUGAACCUAUCAUUAAUAUUUGGAGCGAUAAUGGACUAAAUUUUUGUUGUAAUUCAAAUUUUAGAGAUGAUUCAGAAUUUAUUUCAAUAAAAUCAACAAUUUCUUCUAGAAUUUCUGCUACUUCAUAUAUCGAAAUUGAGAAGUUGCAGAAAUUACUUAUUAGUCGAAAAGAUGAUAUCAAUGAUUUAUUAAAAUCGCAGCCUGUUUAUGCUAUAGGAAUUGACUUUCAUAAUGAUUCUAUCAGUCCAUGUAUUUCUUGCUGGGUUUCUAAACCGUUAGACAUUUUAAUACUGGAAUGUCUUGAAGCCAUGUUUGAGAAUCAAUUUGAAGCUAUAUACCAAAUAUCAAUUUCUGAUAAAAUUGAUAUUAAUCAAAAUUUAAGUGAAUUAUCUAAAAAUUUGAAGAAAGAACAAGAAUCAGUCAAGGAUGAAGAGAAAGAUAAAAGCAGUAAUAAUAAUGGAAGCGAUAAUGAUAACAGAAGUGAUAAUGAUAGUAAUAAUGGUAAUAGAGGAGGCGAUAGUAAUGGAAGUAAAGAUAAUGAUAGUGGCAAUAAUGAAAAUUGUAUUACUAUUUCUUCUGUUGCAAUUGUCAAUACUGUAGAUCCAGAGAUUUUUCAAAAAUUUACUUUUGCUACUCAUCUUCAUGCUAAAUUUUCACCACCGAAUCUGGAGCGUGGACAUGGAUAUUUUCUUGAUUCUGUUGAAUUAAAUCGAUCUGUUAAAAUUUCAAAUGGUCGUGAAACAAACUUUGAAGGACAAAUUGGAACAGCACCAAAUAUUUCAGCAAAAGGUGGUAUAAAAAGUGUUACAAAUACCAAAUUCACAUCAGAUGAGUGGGAAUUAAAUUAUAGUGGUUGUCAUACUACUGGAGAUGCUUGGUCAUAUCGAUAUGUUUCUAAUAACUUUGACAAAGAUGGUAAGCGCAGAACAAGUUAUGUUCCUAGACGUCAUUCCGCUAAAUGGCAAACUAAGAAAAAUAUGAGUAGAUUUCGUAUUAAUAUAACUCAAAUAAUGCGCUAUAAGGUUAACUCAGUAUUACAAUUAAUUUCGCAAAAACCAGAAUUUAUAACAUGCCCUGUUAUUGCCCAUAAUCUUGAAAUUUCUUUUAAUAAUUUUAAGAACUUUAAUGCAAAUUUUGCAAAAUUGGCAAGGUCCAACAAAGGUAUUUAUGAUAUUGAUAAUAAUAUUAAUAUCAGAAUUCCAGAUAUUCAGAAUUUGGAUAAGAAAAUCAUAAUCAAACGUUUAUUUGUACCAAUAGCAUCAAAGGCUAAUUAA